UGCGGAGUAUCCAUCUAUGCUGUCAUGACUGAUAAGCUCCAAAUCCCUUCAGCCCAAAGUUCCAUUCAGCCGUGCCAGUUGAAAAGACUGAAUUUUUGGGCAUAUCUAUAUUGCUUGCCACUUGUUCCUUGCUUAACCGCUUUCCCAAGUCUUUUCUGGAAGUCAUCCAUUGUUGAGAGACUGCAGCUUUCCCAACUUCGUACGGAUCGCGAUAUAAAGCACUAUGGCACCGAUACAGCAGAAGGCACUUAUCAAUUGUGACAUGGGGGAGGCUUAUGGCAACUGGACCUGCGGUCCUGACCUCGAGCUCCUCCCAAUGAUCGAUAUCGCCAAUAUUGCCUGCGGAUUCCAUGGGGGCGACCCGCUCAUUAUGAUGGAAACAGUGCGAAAUUGCAAAGCUCACAAUGUACGAAUCGGUGCUCACCCGGGUCUUCCAGACCUGCAAGGGUUCGGUCGUCGGGAGAUGAAGCUCUCCCCAGAAGAGCUUACCGCAAUCACAAUCUACCAGGUUGGGGCACUCCAAGGCUUCCUCGACCGCGAAGGAGUUCGCCUGCACCAUGUAAAGCCUCAUGGGGUAUUGUACGGUAUGAUGUGCCGGGACUAUGAAGUUGCCAAGGCGGUUAUGCUGGGAAUUCCAAAAGGUGUGCCCGUGUUUGGGCUGGCAGGCACUCAAAUGGAGAAAGCUGCCAACGACCUGGGGAUCGAGUUCUGGGCUGAGCUAUAUGGCGAUGUGAAAUACGACUCGAACGGCAUGCUUGUGAUCGAUCGGAAGAAGAAGCCCUGGAACCUCGCAGAUGUUGAGAAGCACGUCAGACAGCAGAUCGAAGAGCAGUCAGUCACGGCAGUUGAUGGGACUAUUGUGCAACUGCCACUGAAAACGUACCCGGUCUCAAUCUGCUGCCACUCUGACUCUCCUGGAUGCGUUGACAUCAUCAGGACGACGAGAAAGGUAGCGGAUGAAUUCAAUGCCAAACACGGGAGAUGAAGGCUGUUGUAGCAUGUAAAUAGCGUGUUUCCUCCAUAUUGGAAUUCAUGAGGACGAA